AUGUCAGUAGAACCAUUUGGUAAACACGUUACCAUUGUCGUCUUUGGGGCCUCUGGUGAUUUAGCUAAGAAGAAGACGUUCCCAGCAUUAUUUGGAUUAUUCCGUGAAGGAGAAUUGCCAUCAACGAUCAAGGUGAUUGGGUAUGCAAGAUCAGAAUUAUCAGAUGCUGACUUUAAGGAAAGAAUAUCAGCCAAUUUCAAGGGCGUUAAUGAUAGUAACAAGCAUAAGGUCGACGAAUUCUUGAACUUGUGUUCUUAUACUCAAGGUCAAUACGAUUCCGCAGAAGGUUUUAAAAAGUUGAAUGAGGAGAUGGAAAAGUAUGAAAAAGAUUCCGGUGUUGACAAACCUGAAAGAUUGUUCUACUUGGCUUUACCUCCAUCGGUAUUCGUCACUGUUGCAAGUCAUAUAAAGGAAAAUGCCUACACCAAAACUGGUGAGGUUAGAUUAAUUGUCGAAAAGCCGUUUGGUAAUGACUUGGAAUCUUCUAGGAAGUUGCAAAAGAGCUUGGCCCCAUUGUUCACAGAAGAAGAAUUGUAUAGAAUUGACCACUACUUAGGAAAGGAAAUGGUUAAGAACUUGGUAUUUUUAAGAUUUAGUAAUGAAUUUCUUAACGCUUCAUGGAACAAAAACCACAUCAAGUCGAUCCAGAUAUCUUUCAAGGAAGCUUUUGGUACUGAAGGUAGAGGUGGUUAUUUCGAUGAUAUUGGAAUUGUUAGAGAUGUCAUGCAAAACCAUUUGUUGCAAGUUUUGACUUUGUUAACUAUGGAAAGACCAGUCUCUAUUGACCCUGAAGCUAUCAGAGAUGAAAAGGUCAAGGUCUUGAAAGCAUUUGGUGAACUCGAAACUGAUGACAUCUUAUUGGGACAAUAUACUAAGUCCGAAGAUGGAACCAAACCAGGUUACUUAGAUGAUGACACUGUUAAAGGUGACUCCAAGUGUGUUACAUAUGCUGCACUUGGUAUGCAAAUCCACAAUGAAAGAUGGGAAGGUGUUCCAAUUGUUAUGAGAGCUGGUAAGGCUUUGAAAGAAUCUAAGGUUGAAAUUAGAAUUCAAUUCAAGGAAGUGGCUAAGGGUAUGUUCAAUGACAUUCAAAGAAAUGAAUUAGUUAUGAGAAUUCAACCAAAUGAAGCCGUCUAUAUGAAAAUCAAUUCUAAGAUCCCAGGUAUUUCUGCUGUUCCUUCUGUUACCGACUUGGAUUUAACAUACUCAUCUAGAUACUCUAAGGAAUUUUGGAUCCCAGAGGCUUACGAAUCAUUAAUUAGAGACUGUUACUUAGGUAACCAUGCUAAUUUCGUCAGAGACGAUGAAUUGGAUCUUUCAUGGAAGUUGUUCACUCCAUUGUUACAGCACAUCGAAUCAAAGGAUGGCCCAACACCUGAACCUUAUCCUUAUGGUUCUAACGGUCCAAAGAAUUUGAGACCUUUCUUAUCUGAUCACGGUUAUAACUUCUACGAUGAAGGCACUUAUGAAUGGCCUUUAACCACCCCAAAUGUUAAGGGUAAAAUGUAA